AUGGUCGCAUUCAUUGUUCCUAGCAACUACGGCGCCGUCAUUGGCGUCGCCCUCGGUGCCAUCCCCGUCUUGGGCUUCGUUCACGGUACCAUCACCGGCGGCCUGCGCAAGGAUGCCAAGGUUCCCUACCCUCACAGCUAUGCCUCCAUGGAGCUAUGCAAGGAAAACGCCAAAGCCGAGAAGUUCAACUGCGCUCAGCGCGCUCACACUAAUUUCCUCGAGAAUGCGCCGCAGACCAUGCUCUUCACCUUGGUCGCCGGUCUGAAGUACCCCGAAUGGGCUGCCGGCCUGGGUGCUCUGUGGGUUUUGUUCCGCAUUAUGUUCCUCUACGGCUAUGUGUACUCGGGCAAGCCGCAGGGUCAGGGCCGUCUGGUGGGCUCGUUCUUCUGGCUUGUACAGGCUGGUCUCUGGGGACUGAGUGUCUUCGGUGUUGGACGGGCCCUGCUUUGA